AUGUUUGCAAGAAUCAAAGAUGAUCCCCUAUACCAGGAUCUCAACUGGCGCCUGGUCUUAAUCGGCUGCGUCGCCAACCUCGGCGCCAUGGGUUUCGGCUUCGACAACGGCUGGUGGGGAGGCGCGCUGGGUCUAUCCCAGUUUCAACAAAACUAUGGCGUCUACGACGAUGAGCUCGGGCGAUACGCAAUCCCAGCAGAAAAGACAUCGGUCGGUACAGGUACAGGCUCCGCUGGUAUUAUUAUCGGCUGCAUCAUGGCUCCUCUCGUCACUUCCAGGCUUGGGCGGAAGAAGUCGUUUUUCGUCAUCUCGGCUCUGGUGGGAACUGGUGUUGUGCUUGAGUCUUCUGCGGUCACCUCGUUCUGGCAACUGGUUGUGGGGAGAAUCUUGGUAUACGCGGGCAUGGGGCUAUCUUCCAACGUGACCCCCAUGUAUCUCUCAGAAUGCGCUCCGCCACGGAUCAGAGGCGCCUUUCUUGCACUCUACAGCUUCUUCCUCUCGCUGGGAGUCUUCUUGUCUGCCGUUGCGGUAUACCUUUCCAGAACCAGGACUGAUCAAUGGCAGUAUUUAAUUGUAAUUGUUUGCCAGUUGUUCGUCCCCGUCGGAUACGCAACCAUGUACCCAUUUCUCCCAGAGUCUCCACGCUAUCUCAUUUACCGUGGGAGAUACGACGAGGCAGAAAAGGUUCUCACAAGGCUCUCAAAUCGCCCAGAAACCAUUCCGCAGGAAGUACAGCUUCUCAAAGCCCAAGUAGAGGAACAGCGCGAAUUACACAAGGCGACCUCCCUCAAAGACUGCUUCAAGGGAACCAACCUCCGUCGAACCAUCAUCGCGAUGGGUGUCCAGAUCCUCCAGCAGGCCCAAGGCGUCUCUUUUAUCCAAAACUUUAUCGUCACUUUCAUGCAGCAACUCGGCUUCCCAGACCCCCUUCGAACAAAUCUCAUGGUGACCGGGUGCAGCUUCGCCGUCCACAUCAUCACGUUCCUCACGUUCGAUAAGAUUGGUCGUCGACGUUCCUUGUCUCUGGGCGCCGUGGGCCUGGCUGGUACAAUGAUCGGCACUGGCGCAGCGACAGCAACUGGGUCUGCGGGGAAUUACUCCAGUGCCGUUGCCAAUAGCUCGGCGGCGCUUCUCAUAUUGUGGUAUAUGAUUUACGGUUUCACUUGGGGCCCUGGCUGCUGGGUCGUCGCUGGAGAAAUCGGAACCGGCCAACUCCGAGAGAAGACGCUGUUUCUCGCAUCUAUGGGCAGCUUUGUGACCUCUGUGCCGAUCAACUUUGUCAAUCCCUACGUUCAAGCACAGCUUGGCGGCGCCGUCACCUUCAUCUACGGUGGCUUCUCGGUGCUCGCAGUCUUAUGGGUCUUUUUCUUCGUCCCAGAAACGAAGAACCGUUCGCUGGAAGAACUCGAUGAGAUGUUCCAGGCUCGUGUCAGGACUCGUAGCUUCGACAAGUAUAUUUCGACUGGCUUGGGCGCUCAGAUCACCAUGGUGGAAGACUUUAGCACUAAGAAGGCCCAGUUGGAACAGGCAGAGAAUGAUUGA